AGAAAUCAUGAAACAGGUAGUGAUUUGCAUACGAUAAGAUCUGGCUGGUAUCCAACUAUGUAUCCAGCCAUCGUCGGCCAUGAAAUUGUCGGUAAAGUCUCAAGGAAAGGUUCUAAAGUGGACGAUUUCAAUGUUGGAGAUCGUGUCGGUAUCGGUUGUCAAGUCUAUUCAUGCGGAGAAUGUGACGAGUGUACCACAGGUUACAAUCAAUUAUGUGCUAAGAUAGUGUUCACCUACAAUGAUAUGUGGAAAGAUGCCGAAGGUGUUCCUACUGAAUAUCAAGCUCAUGGUGGUUACGCUGACAAAAUUCGCGCACAUUCAGGAUCCGUAUUCCAUAUUCCAAAAGAAAUUAGUUCCGCUGAAGCCUGUCCAUUGCUUUGUGCAGGUGUGACUACCUUCACUCCAUUAAAACAUCACAAUGUUGGUCCUGGAAUUAAAGUUGCUGUCGAAGGCAUUGGUGGUUUAGGUCAUUUAGCAAUUCAAUGGGCUGCCAAGAUGGGUGCUGAAGUUACCGCUAUCUCUCGUAGGCAU